UUGGUUUUGGUAUUGAGUGAUGUGCAUGUUAGUAUUGAUAUUGGUUUUAUGUUAUAGCUUGUAUCGUAUUAUCCUUUUAGUAUAUUUUAUUAGUUAAAACUAUUGGUUUCAGAACCUGUUUAAAACAAAAUAGUUAAUAGUCAACAUUUCUUUUUUUAAAGUGUUGUGUGUGUAGAAGUCAGAAUCCGUUUUAAACAAAAUAGUUAAUAGUCAACCUAUUUCUUUUAGUCAUUUUCGCUUAUUGUUUUGACUGUCUCCCCUACUUACUUGCUGACUGUUGACUUUAUUACUUGCUGACUGUUUUAUGAAGGAUGGAUUCAUACUUAUUGGACGAUCCUGUUUUUUACCACACUAUUGCAAAGUGGUAGAGAAGGUAUUAACAACACCCCAUGACUCGUGUCUUGCAUGAUAAUGUUGAGGUUGAGAUUGAAGUGACACAACCUGAAGAACAAAUUGACAAGGCAAAGGUAUUGUACCGAUCAACACAAAAAAACAACUAUAAUUUGGAUCAUUGUUGGAACUUAUUGAGGUACCAACCAAAGUGGCAAGUGCAUAUGAAUAAUUUGCCAACAAAGAGAAAGACAGGCUGCUCUACCGUUCUAGCUUCCAAUGCCAUAGAUAUAGAGGAAAAUGAGAGCAUGUCUACCAAUUUGGAGAGGCCACUAUGCAAAAAAUCUGAAAAAGAAAGGGAAAGGAAAAGGAAACGCGAAGAAUCUUCACCUAAUCAAUUUGAUGAGAAGUUAAGUAAUAUGGAAAGUGAUAGGAGGAUAGCGAUGAUUGAGCGACGAGAGGCGGCAAUUCGAGCUGAUAGUGACAGUGUUAAGAUAAUCUCACUUAAGAAGAAGAAGAUGAAGAUGGAAAUCAUGAUGUUGAAUGUUGAUAACAUGAAUGCAGUGCAGCAAGAAUAUCUCAAGUCAAUUCAAAUUAAAAUUCUAGAGAAACAUAGGAAUGAAUGGAAUGAAAUGUACUAGCUGGAGGAGGGAGAAGUGCAUUGAAAAGUUGCUGUUUUGCACACUUGGUAAUAUAUUGUUCAUUGUAAAAAUAUUUGGUAUUUACUUUUUUUGGUUAAUAAACUGAAGAGUUGAUGGUUUUGCAUACCUGAAAAUCUUAGUAGUUGUUAUUUUUGGUAAAUUCCUGAGAUUAAUAUUGCUUAAUCCUGUGUUUUGCAGUAGGUACUAAUUUUUUUAUGAAAUAUUAUUUUUUGGAUGGAAGACUAUUUUUUGGAACUUCAUGACAGAUUGAAACUUUAUGACUGAUUUUUUGGAUGUAUUUGGUGACACUUGUAACUGCAGUUAUGUGUAAUCUAGGGGUUUCUUUUUUUGCUGUUGUACAUGGUAACGAAGUACAGAUUUAUGUAUUUCCUCUAGGUAUUUAUGUAGGUAUUUUUUGUAAUUAAGAUGA